AUGCCGCAGAGCCUCCACUCAGGACCUGCUGAACACAGAGGUCGGAGCAGUGUACCCCAUUAUGGCCGACAGCCGCCUUCCCUGGGCAGGAAACGAUGCCGACACCGAGCAGUGUAUAAGUGAGCUUACACUCUAACUCUCUGCGGAAUCCUGCAGCAGCCCCCACGACAAGCCCUAUGCCCGCUCAGCAACACCUGCACUGAAGACGGGGGUGUGGAGGCGGAGGGGGAGCGGGGGAAGAACGAGAUUCCCCGGGCGCGCUUAUUCAGACGACAACGCUACCUAACACACUCAACAGGCCCACCUGGGCUAAAGGCCACCGAGGAGAUAAACCUGGAGCACCGGCCGCACGCGCUUAGCAUCCGAUGCCGCAGGCGGCAAUCACCGUCAGGAUUCACAGUAGUGCCCCCACAGGGGAAGAACCCGACCUCCCAAGGGAGCAACCAGGUUCACGGCCAUGAGGUGUAG